AUGAAGGAAUUGAUGUCGAUGGUGGCUUUUGCCCACUUGCUCUACUGUCCAUAUACAAAAGUCGAAGAAAGUUUUAACGUUCAAGCAAUGCACGAUAUACUUUAUCACAGAUUUAAUUUAUCGGAUUACGAUCACAAAGAAUUUCCCGGAGUCGUACCUAGAACAUUUAUCGGACCGUUAUUCGUAUCAUUAUUAUCUUCACCGUUCGUGAUUCUAUUCAACGCUUUGGGAAUGGGAAAAUUUUGGUCUCAAUAUAUCGUUCGAGGAGCGUUAGGUUUGUGCGUCAUCAUACCUUUCUUUAAAUACCUUAAUUCGAUUGAAUCAUAUUUUGGAAAAUCUUUCACAAAAUGGUAUCUACUCGUGACCAUAUCACAAUACCAUUUUAUGUAUUAUUUGACCAGACCAUUGCCCAACAUAAUGGCCAUGCCUUUGGUUCUUCUUGCUCUUCAUUCGUGGCUUCGUCGACGUCAUCGAAGUUUUAUCAUUUUUUCCGGGGCGUCCAUUAUUUGGUUUCGCGGCGAACUCGCACUUUUCUUCGGUACGAUUUUAAUUUUUGAAUUCAUCAACGGUUGGUUAACAAUAAACAGGUUGAUUAAAGUUGCAGUCCCGGCUGGUUUCAUCCUUCUUUGCACUACAAUUUUAAUAGAUUCAAUUUUUUGGGGAAGAUUAUUGUGGCCAGAGGGUGAAGUUUUAUGGUUCAACACAAUUUUAAACAAAAGCAAAGAUUGGGGAACAUCACCUUUUCUAUGGUAUUUUUAUUCGGCCAUACCUCGUGGAAUGGCAUUUUCUGUUUUCCUAUUACCAGUAGGUUUACUUAACGACACGAAAAUAAUAAAAAUUGUUUUACCAGGUUUUAUAUUUGUUUUUUUAUACUCGUUUUUACCGCAUAAAGAAUUAAGGUUUAUUAUAUAUGCAUUUCCGUUGUUUAAUUUGGCCGUUGCUUCUGCAUGUCAUCAAGCGUGGAACAAUAGGGAAAAAUCAAAAAUUCGAAAAUUAUUCGGUUAUGGAUUUGCUGCUCACAUCGGAUUAAAUUUUAUUUUUACAAUUUUUUUGUUGAACGUGGCAAAAGCUAAUUAUCCGGGAGGGGUCGCCAUUGCUAGAAUUCACAGAUUGGCUUCAUCUAAUGAAAAUGUUACUCUUCACAUUGAUAACUUAUCAGCACAAACGGGCGUUUCGAGAUUUACUCAAAUUUAUUCUAAUUGGAGGUAUGACAAAACGGAAAAUUUAAAAAUUAUAGAAAAUGAAACUCUAUUGGAAUUUUCACACAUGCUCGUAGAAGCCAAAAGCAAAUAUUCGUUGAAUUUAAAACCUUUUAGAAAAACUUACGACAUAUUGGAAUCCAUCGAAGGUUUUUCUCAAAUACAUUUAAAUUAUAAUAUGUUUCCACCGAUUCAAAUAAAAACCAAACCCAUGAUAUUCAUAUUGAAACGGAAAAAUGAAAAAACAUUGAAAACGUUAGAAAACAUGGGAAAAAAAUUAAAUUUGAAAAAAAGAAAUGAAACGGAUGAAGGGGUUGAAACGUUGGAAAAAUUUGAAAAAAAUGUAGAAGAAAUAAAAAAUGAUAAAAACGACGUUGUUUCAUGA